GAGCAUCACCAUCUCCACCAAAAAUUAGCAGGCCUUAAUUAGCAGCCGAAAAUUAAUCGAAAUUCGACCAAGCCUGUUGCCCGACGAGUUCUGCCAGCAGAAACGCGAACUACCAUGUCGAACCCAAAAGGCAAGACGUACAUCGUCGAGCACCUUGAUCCCGAGCUCGGGCAGUGGUCAGAGCUCGAAUAUGUUGCCAUCGCGAAGGAAACGCAGGUCGCUCAGGGGACCUUUCUCCUUUCCAGUCUCCCUGAAGCCUUCAACGUGCCCCCGGCUCUCAGUCAGGUCCCCGCCUUCAAACCUGAGCGCCGUGGCGUGGAGGAACUCUAUGCCAAUGAUAAAUCGCGCGUUUGCCUCCUCGACCCUUCGGCGUCCAGCGACCUUGGCCCGGACGAUGGUGACAAGUUUGACGCUUUUCUUUUCGGUGGCAUUCUCGGUGAUGACCCCCCGAGAGACCGCACUUCUGAGCUGAGGAAGAAAGGGUUUGAAGGGAGGAGACUCGGACCAAAGCAGAUGACUACGGAUACCGCCGUCCGUGUCACCAGGAUGGUAGUUGAGGAUAAGAUCCCUCUCGAUGAGAUCUCCUAUCUCGAUUUUCCCGAGCUCAAGUUCAACGAUCAUGAGAGCACUCAAAUGCCUUUCCGCUACGUCAAGGGGCAAGAUGGGAAGCCGAUGAUGCCCGAGGGCAUGAUUCAGUUGAUAGAAAAAGAUGCAGACAAGAGCAUCGAUGAUUUGUUUUAAACUCCGGUCAUAUUUCUUGCGAAACAAGGAGACAAGGGUCGGAAAGUUGACGGUCCACACCCGUCGCAUCCCGAAGACGGUAAGCCGUAGUGUUAUUUGGGCUCUCUAAAGAACUAGGUAUUACCGUCGUCUGUCAAAUCUGCUUUAUAGCGGCUUGAUAUAAGUAAGGAAAUUGCUGGACUAGGCGCCAUUUAACAGAGAGUCAUAAUAUGAACUAAGAAUGGACAAGCAAAAGAUAUAGGAUACAGUGCUAUGUUAUUCAAUCGAGCAACAGAGGUAUACGAGAACACAUCAUGUCCAUGACGGACUUUCCAGG